CAGUGAUUACAGCUCAGACGAGGAUCGGGGUGACACUGAGCCAUAGGUCCUGGGGGUUCGUCGGGCGUACCAUUAGGUAUAGGCUUUCGACCAUUAGCAUCAUACUCUCAUACCCGCACAAAAGCGCGUAUGUUUUCAGACAACGACUGAUAUGGAUUUCAUCGCCAUCACGUCAGUUACUUUCAGAGCCGCCAGGAUCUUACGAAUGCGUGCAUCUCUUCAGACAACGACUGACAUGGAUUUCAUCGCCAUCAAGUCAGUUACCUCACAACUCCAUCCAAUCCGACACCUUCUGCUCUCUUUCCAGCCGACCUCCUGGAAGACAUUAGGGUCUGACGACCCGGGGCUGCGUGGUUAGUCUCCGGCCUUGAGCCGUGAUUCGGCUGCGUUAUGCCAACAGCUGACGGCUAUCAACAACUUUUCUACUGGAUGACAAUACACAGAAAUCGUGGACGUACCGAUUUCCCUGCAAAUGGGCUGAGAGUGACCUCAAACUGUCCAAACGACAAUGAUCAACAUCAACGUCUGCACUGCCUGCACUCGACGUUGGCCAGUCGAUCUCAAGUCCGGUGGUAUUCCCGCCAUCUAUGAGCUUCCUAUCUACGAAACUGGAAGACGACCCGCCCUUUCGCGGUCUGCAGUUUCGUCACUGGAAUUCGCCAUGACUCUCAUUGGCAUAUUCAAUCAAAUCAAUCGACAAGAGCAGCAUACCUGUGUACCUCUGGCUUCCUCCGGAUAUGGUCCUGGGCAAGACCGAAACUGCCCAAUUUGACAAAGGUGGUUUGGCUGAGAUUGUCUAUUUGUCCUCUCCAAUCCAACAUCACAAACAGGGGUUAGCUGCUCCCUUAAUGUUACGACGACGUCCAAGCCAACGCCUGGUGGACUUCACGAUCCCUCCUCCAGCUUUCGACCACUGCAACAGAUCCUACCUCUCGCAAGGUGACCUACCACGGUCCAAGCAUUCAGACAAUGACUUGACCACACCGAUGUACAGACAACGCACGAGGUGAUAUGGCACCUUGGAAAGAGAUUGCAUUACAUGGUGACAUCCACGAAGACACCAUCAGCGUCCUGACUCGGGGACUGACACAAAUUGCCAACAUUUCGUCGUUGCACUCACCUCUCACAUCACAAAUACGGCUCCCAGUUGAUGUCGCAGGUUGGCAAGGUACAAGGGAAUCACCUUGAUAUGCCCCUCUCAGGGCAGCACCUUGAGUCCUGCACCUUCAAACUUCACAUCAACACUCAUGCCCAAAACCAAAAUGUAUGGACUACACAUCCCAUUCCUGUGUCGAUACCGUGGCGAAAUGCUCCCGACAGAGCAGUCACAUCCAGUCAACAAUUGUUGUCCACAGAGAUGCUUGCGCAGGCUGAAAAUACUUCUCGACACUAUUAUCCCGGCGGAAUGCUCCCCGACAGAGCAGCUUGGGAUCAGACAGGAACGAUAUUUUUGAUACCAAAAUUACACUUUGCACGUUGGAAGAGCUCAAUGACCGGGCACCUUCCCCCUCGCAACCCAUCAGCUGCACUUGCCGUUUUAAUGGUCACGUUUCUCGAAAUUUGCCAGCAAGGUCCGCCUUUCAACUCAACUCAAACACACUUUUCUUCUGAGUUCACCACUCAAACUUCAUCAACGCUCAUCUCCUCUUUUCAUCAUCAUCGUCGUCCUUCAGUUUCGUUUUCCAUCAAAAGAUCAUCUCAAACGUAUUGGCUGGACUCACCACGACCUUCUCGACCGUCAUUGACACCCAAGUCGCCACCAUCGCCAAUGCCUCUCUCUCAGGUCACCCGAUCCAAGGGCACUCCGACAGGAGCUAGACCUGGUCAGCUGAGUCCAAGACGUCCACUACUACCAAUGAAUGCCAACGUCGGUGGUGUACCGCGGAAACUCGAACAACCGACGCUGGCUGCCUUUUUGGAUGAAGGUCGUCGAAAGAAGAGAGCUGUGGACCUCCCCACCAAGACCCCCGGUUCCAUCGACAACCCCAUCUGCUUGGAUGACUCGGACGCUGACAUAAAGCAAGAAGAGGCUACCGACAUUGUUGGGCCGAAAGAGGACAUCGCCGCCAACCGGCCACUUACAUCCCCGGCUGUCGUCAAGAAAGAGGAGCCUGUUCAGCUCGUUCCCGUGGAUGAUGCCGCUGAUGCCAGGGGUUCAAGGGAUCUUGUUGGGGCUUAGGAUGCCGUCAAGCAGGAGGACACUAUGAAGCUCGUCUAUCCUAAGGGUACCAUCGACACCAACGAUCCAAAGGAGCUUGUUGAGGCUUAUGGGGCCCCAAGCAAGACCACUUCGAGCACCUCGUCGAUGUUCAGGACGGUGUCAAGUCAACGAAGCGGCCUCGACCGGCUGCAGACGACAAAACCAUCGAAGGCAUCGAGUCACUGCAAUGUGAUGAUACUGGCAUCGCAUCGAAACCCAAGAAGACAAUCAUUUGCCUCGGUCGCAAAAGUGUGUUUUGCAGCAGGCAGGUAGUCAAACGUCUACACGAUCGCAAUGAGCUCAUGUUCAGUUUCAUCUGGAUGAGGGUCCACGGUGGCACUAUCCCCAGCUCCAAAGCUGAAUGCUUCUCGCUUGUAUUCAACGAAUCUUGGUCCAAGUACAACAUCGCUAACAACAGCCCAAGGCAAGAGAUUUCUCAGCUGCGGAAGAAGCUGGACAUGCUCGAAGGCAGUCCUAGAGCAAAGAGCAAGAUGUUCUCAUUUGCAUAUUCACAGAAGAUGGGUUCUUUCUCGAACAUUGCCAGUGUCGACGAGUUCUUCAGAAUCUACGUCAAUAUCAACAUCACUCUGAUGGUCCACGAAGGCGGCAAACGGUAGAGCCUUCACCCCAUGAAGGAUGUGGUGAACGCAAUAUGGAGAUUGAGAAACCACGAGCUUGAACCAGGCAACGUGCAACAAGUUCUCGUUCUUCGAUGGAUUGGGAUCUCGAUGAACGAAGAAUUGGUUGCUUCAGCGAUGCGUGACCUUCGGCGAAUGAUGCCUCAGCGUCGGAAUCUCACGCUUAUCGACAUCGCGAAUGAAUCAGAUGCUGGUGAAGAAGAUGAUGACGACGUUAAAAAAAGACCAUUAUCACUAAGAAGCCCAAGAAGCGGGUCGUCCCUUACCGCUACGGCAUCUAUUUGGAUGACGCUGGCAGCUUUCUCUGUCCAUAUGGUCCACGCAUAUCCUCAUCCAACACUCUGGACGAUCUGCGAAAACACCAAAUUGGACAUUGCAAAAGGGAAGCAAAAUGCAUUCUCUGUCCCAGUUUCGUCCAGCCAAACCUAUACAGCAAGGCAGGUUUUGCGACAAAUACAGGCUAUGUCACCCCAAACGCUGGCUCAAAUUUCACGCUGCUAAAGGAGCUUAUUCAACGUCAUCUUCCUCCUACCUUCUUCUGUCAGGAAGUAGGCUGCGAACGGAGCUUCUUUACAGCUCCGGAUCUACUGCAGCAUAAGCAGCGACACGAAAAGAGCCAGCUUGUGCCUUGUGUGGUAUGUGGAGCGAAUACGGCAAGAGUUACGUGAAGCGGCAUCUUGCGGAAUGGUGUGCUGGAACAGACAACAGCAAGGGCAUUGUAUACCAAUGAGCAGAUUGUGGAAUGGAGUUCUUGAGUAGCACAGAACUCGACACGCGCUACCGAAGGGCUCAUACUCGGAAAAAUGAGAUCAUCCACAUUGCACAAGAAGCUCGUAUGCUCGUCGGUGGGUCUCCUGGGCUAGGUUUGAAUGCAUCUACUAUUAUUCAAGAUUUGGUGAACAUGCGUCUACUGGAAGAAGCCGGUGCAAAAGGUACAUGCGCUGGGACCAUGGAAAUAUUCUCGCCACAUCGAAAGCUCAACGGACUGAGAUCGAGUGACCCAGCCCGCUCUGCUGGCCGUGCAACUUUAGGAUGGUUCCGAUGCGAUCUCCACCUUGUCGGUCAUCGGGACUCGCAACAACACACUGCUUUUGUGACGGAAGACCCGGCUUGAUGCGAGGGCUAUUGAGAAGCUGAGAUGAAGUCCCGCAAAUCGCACCCGUAUGGCCGGUUGCUGGUGCAUACUCGAAGAAGAGCUAGAGUUGUGUGCAUUCAUUCAAAUAGUACUUAUCAUCAGAGAUUGUGGAUCAUCGAGAAGAAGCAUCAUAGCAGACAAGGAGUUGUAUCAAGCUAGCAUAAAUGCACUUCGAUCAAGACAGU